UUUCUUUGCGCGCCAUUUGCCAUUUGACAAGUAAAGUUUACACUAAAAUUCUCUAAAAGAAUUAUAAAUUAAACAAAAAAAAUAUAUGUAUUAUUUAUCGUAAAUGUUUUGAAUAACUUUGCUGCAAAAACAACAAAACCAAGAUUCCUUUACAGAAUUAGAAAAAAAACUCAAAAUGUGCUCUAAUAAAAUGUGACACCAAAAAAAGUCUUGUUGGCAUGAAUAUGUUCUUCUAAUGUGGUCUAGUUAAAACGCUACAAUAAAAAUAUACAAUUUGCAGGGUACAAUUUGAAUUCUUUAUUAGUUAAUGUGAAAAGUACAGUAUGACUGAAUUGAAUUCCUAUUCAAUUGAAAACAAUUUAAACACAGCCGAAAGCCGAGCUGAAACUGUUCCAGCCUCAAAUAUCAAGACCGCCGUAGAAGACUCUGAUGCGGUGCCGGUGGUGGUACACUAUCCACGUUUAGAUUCCAAAAUUAUUUUGCAAAAUAUGGAAGAAGUAUUGGAUUCAGUAAAGAAACAACACAAAGAGAAGCAUAGACGUAAAAAAGAAUUAAAGAAAUUAGCCAUGAUUGAAGCGGCUAAUAAUGGUGCAACUGAACAUGUUUCAUCUACUGAGCUGGAUACAAAGGAUACCAAAAAGAAAGAACAUUCUGAAAAGAAACAUAAACACAGAGAUAAAGAGAGACGCCAUUCGAAAAAGAAGCCUUUGCAGGAGAAAUCUACUGUUGAAAAUGGCAAAGUAUUGCAAGAAAGUCCCAUUAAAUCGGGUACAAUUUUACAGCAUUUUCCAAGAACUCCUAAGAAAGAAGAUCAACAGCAGCAGCAGCAGUCUUCCAAUCAAGUUGAUGAUGAAGUACAAGUAAUUGUUGAUGAGGAGGAGAAUGAAAAUAAAAAUAAUGAAAAAGCAACAACACCUUCCAAAAACUCCAAGGUAACAAAUGCUUUUGAGGUGAUGAUGAAUGCACGCAAUAAAUCUAUAGGUUCCAAUACUCCCGGUAAAGAUUCACCCUCUCCGAUUGCCAACAAGGAAUUGGCUGUAGCAAAUGCCAAACGUAAACUAAAGCUGCAAGAAUGGGCUGAACAAAAGGGUGGCGCUAAACGUAAACUAGAGGAAGAGGCCCGAGCUGCCUAUGUUGAUGAGCAGCUGGAGCAAAGAGCUAAAAGAUUUAAACAAAUGCUUGUGGCUGGCGCUAGUCCAAAAACUACAACGUCUCCCACUGCCAAAACAGAGAACAAAACAAAAACUAGCAAGAAUAAACCUAAGGAAAAUCCUCAAAAGGAUAAGCCAAAAAAACGCAGAGGUCCUAGAGUACGUCGUUUAAGUUCGGUGGAUUCUGCAGAUUCUUUGGAGCCAAUAACACCGAUAAAAGUCGAUAGCGAAACUUCCGAAUUCUUAGCAAAGCUAAAUUCUCCUACAAAAAAACGUGACAGUCUUUUAGGUUAUUUUCCCAAAAAAGAAUCACCCAAAGAAUUAGCUCUAAAAGAAGUCCCACAAGCAGUUGAAAAUCAAACAGCGGAAGUAGAAAGAAAACCAAAUACACCGAAAAGAAAUGCUAAAAAGGCAACCAGUAACCAUAGUACACCUGCUGCAGCCAAUCAGCAAACCCAAGAAGAUAUAGCGAAUGAUAUUGGUACGCCCAGUGGUAGACCAAGACGUUCUUGUGCCAGCAAAGCACGUUAUGACUACGAUUUAGAAAACAGUCCGACAAAAGUUGCCAAACUAGCCAAAAGUACACCCGGCCGUAAACCUGCAGCACGUAAAGUUAAUACACCUAUCUUAAAGGUUCCGCCAGAGGAAGAGUCUAUUGACAUUAUUGUUCUAGAUGAUAGUACAAAUAUGAGCGGUUGUGGUUCAACAACACCACAAGGAACACCUAAAAAAUUAGCUCCACUCUUUAUGCGUUCACUGCCCAAACCUAGUCCGGAUCCUGAAAUACUUAAAGCCCGUAAGGCUUUCUUACAGUCAGGAGUUCCUGAAAAAUUACGUCUCGAACAGGAAAAACAAAAACAAUAUGAACAACAUUUCGAAGAAACAACGGAAAUUUUUCCUAAAGUUUCUCAUGUUAAACAAUUAGAUGAAGAAGAGUUAGAGAUGGAUAAACGCAUAGUCAAGUGUUCAUUUAGAUUAAAUUCAGAAGAAACUAUAGUUAAGACACCAUCACCGAGCAGAAGAGCUAAAGCAAAGUCAAUUAAACGUCAAUCCAAUGUGGGCACUUUAUCUGAUUGUUUGCCUGUGGAUUUCCAGUUGCAAAAGAACAAAAGUCUUGAUUUCAACAUUGAUCAGAUAACAUUACCCUCACUGGCAAAUAAACGGGCGAUUAUUAAAAACUGGAAAACAGAAUUUGAACGUUUUCCCACUUACAAGUGUUACAAUCAAAUGCGUGAAAAGUAUCGUUAUUUCAGUGCUAUAGAUUCUGCACAAGAGUCGGAACAAGUAAGCGAAUCAUUUGUAGUCACACGACAAACUCGACGUUCUUUAGAGGCACAAAAGAAAAAAGAACCCGACAAUCCCGAUGAAGAGUACAAACCACCAGCUACAGCACCCAAUGGUGAAUUACUAUUCAGUGAGAAAUAUAAACCCUUACUGUUCGAACAAGUCUUGGUAAAUUUAAAUCCAGUUACACAGCUAAAAGAAUUUCUUUCGAACUGGUCGAAUGGUGGCACUGGAAGUGCUAGAAAUUCACAAACUCUAGACGAUUCAAUGGAUUUAAAUGAUUCUAAUUGCAGCAAUCAGGGUCCUGCCUGUAAUACAGUUGUUUUAUUGGGACCCGUUUCCAGUGGCAAAACAAAUGCGGUUUUUGCUUUGGCCAACGAAAUGAACUUUAAUGUUUUGGAAAUAAAUGCCGGCAUGAAGAGAACGGGUAAGCGUUUGAUACAAGAACUACAAGAGGCUACACAAUCUCAUCAAAUACGUAAGGAUGCUGCUGGUUCAGGUUCUUCACAGAAAAGUUUAUUAAAAAUGUCUUUGAACGGUCUCAAAAGCAAACUUAAAAGGCAAAAUUCCAAUUCUAAUCAAUUGGAAGCACAAAACAGUGAUUCCAAUUCCAAUUCGGAUUUGCUGCAAACGGCACGUAAAUGUUUAAUUUUAAUAGAAGAUGCCGAUAUAGUGUUUGAACAAACCGAUGCUGGUUUUACCGAUGCCAUAUACACUUUGGCAGCUAGUUCUAAGAGACCUGUUAUUGUGGUAGCCUCAAAUCCCAAUUGUGGCCAUCUUCAACGUUUAAUGGCACAAAAUACCAUACAUUUUUCCUCGCCCAAUGUAUUAAACAUAUCUAAAUUCUUAGCUGUUUUAUCUCUUAUCGAAAAUUGUCCCGUACAAUUAGACGAUCUCAUUUCACUGUAUUUGUAUAAUCGUCGCGAUUUAAGAAAAACUCUAUUGGAAUUGCAAUUCUUUAUACAGACAGGUGGUGAUCGACAAAGACAAUUGCUCGAUAGGAAGUCUGCCAAAAAGAAUGAAAACGGAAAUUCUAAUUAUUUUGCUUCACCACGAAAACGUCAAUUUUCGGUAGAACAACAAGACACCGAAACUAGUGACAGUAAUGUACCCAACGACAAAACAAACAACAAUGCUAAAGCUAGUGAUAAAGUCUAUAUGCAUCGUUCAUUAUUCGAAUAUUAUACUGUGGGACAAAACUCCAAAUGGCGUAUACCAUUUCCUAUAGAUUUUCAUCUUUUCAAUGUUAAUCUAAAUGAAAUAUUUCAUGUCUCGCGAAAACUUAAAACGGAUAUUAAUCAAGAAGCUGGGGCUGCCACAAAAACCACAACAAUAACUAAACGUAAAUCAAAAUCUCCCAAAAAACAAUGGUUAACAACAGCUACAGCAAAGCCUAAAACUCCUUUAGAUAAUUUAUGUUCAUUUUAUGAAAAUCUUUCGGUAGCAGCUCUUAUGGAUGAACAAGAUAAUCAGUUUCACUAUCAAGAACAAAACAAACAAAAACCCUCUAUUGUAGAUCGUCUUAAACCAAAUGUUUCGGAAACGAUAGCACAUUGUUUAUUGGAAAAAGCUAUUGAGGUGGAUUUGGAGGCAGAUUUGUGUCCAUAUAAUCUAUUUGAUACACCCAAGAAUAGCAUAUCAUUAUGUGAACAAUUAGGUUCAAUGCAAUUACGCUCUAAUAGAGCCCUUAAUUUGGACUAUGAACCCGCUCUACGUUCAAUAUGUCGUAGUGAGAAAAUACGCUCAACUUUAGAACGACGCUCAACACGUUUCUAUCAUUAUCUAAGAAAUUAUAGCGUUAAUGUGUGCAAUUUUUCCACUACACACUUCGAUUUGGCCUGUGAGGCAUUUCAAUUUAAUGAAAAUACCGAAGAAAAUCAAACCAUAAACUCUACCCCAUUAACCAUAAGUAAUUCUAAUACAUAGUCUCUAUAGAAAAAACGAUAACAAAAUGCAAAACAUAUUCUGAAAAACUGCAAAAACACACACACACGAAAGAAAGAAAGUAAGUUUAUUUUUUGUAUAUUUUACUUUAUUCUUCUUUAAUUUACAAAAAAAAAAAAAAAACUAAAAGUC